AUGAUGAAGGAAAAGGAAAGGGAACGGAGAAGAAAACGAAGAGCAUUGAAGCAAAUAAAAGGAAUAAACGAUUUAAGCGAAAGAGGAAAAACAAAACAAGGAGCUGAGUGGAGAAAGGGAUACCACAAGCACGCAUUAAAGAAACAUCAACAUCAACAUUUGACAAGGGUUAUGGAUGAAGAUUCUCCUCCGAAUUCUCCAAUUUCUGCAAUGGAUGACCCUCAUGAACAUGAAUUGCAUAGAAGAUCAAAGGAAGAGAAAAGAGUUCAAAGGAAAAAGAGACUUCGAAGAAGUAGAGAAAAGUAUAGAAAGAAGAUAGACAAAUUGGAAAAGAAAUUAAAGGACCAACGUAAAAUUGCCGAAAAAUGGAAAAAGAAACACAUUUGA